AUGGAUGCUAUUGCAGUGGCCAGCCGUCAGAACAACACUGCCAAUCCACUCAGUCUCGCGAUUCGCGAAUUCCAAGGGAGUCUGAGCAGAGAGGAGAACGCAGCACUACUCACUCACAGCUCCACCGGUUUGGAUGCCACUGGUAUUCUAUCUUUCACGGCAGAAAUUGAUCGAGUAAACGCCAAUCGACGCAGCCGUUGUGUAUCAUCUCGCCUGUUCGGAGUUCUCGAAUCUGUACAGGCGUUUUCUGGUAUCGCCGACACCUUCAUAUCCUCUCAUUCAGAAAUCGCAGCUUUGGUUUGGGGAUCUGUAAAGUUUGCUCUCUUGGCUAUUAAUAAUGUCGUCUCCUUCUUUGACAAGCUUUCUGAGACCUUUCUAAGACUCGGCAGCUGUUGCCCUAGGUUCAGUGAGUACAGGCUUCUUUUUCCAGAAUCGACAAAACUUCAAAACUUGCUAUGUUCUUUCUAUGCUAGCAUUGUGAAGUUCUGCACCAAAGCUAUGAACGCAAUUGGCAAUCCUGGAACAACACUUACUCGUGCGGUCUGGAAACCAUUUGAAAAGGAAUUUGCUGUAUUCGAGUGUGAUCUAAAGAAACAGGGCGCUGAAUUGAAGGAGGAGAUCACACUCGCAGCAGAGCAAGCCGCAUCCAGAGAACGGGCUUUUGGGAGGAGUUUCCGUACAGAAAUAAGAAAGGUGAAUCAGGCCAAAACAGAAAGACAGCUCAAGAAGGAUAGAGCAAGAUCCUUGGCUGUCAAAGCGAAGCUACUCGAACGGCUUCCUGCCUAUGACUAUGUAGGGUCGUUGAAGCGUAUGCGUAAGAAGCGAUAUGGAAGCACGGGAUCCUGGCUCUACAAUACCAAGGACUUCAACGCGUGGAUUACAGAAGACUGUUCCAGCCUCUUUUGUUUCACAGGUAUUCUUGGGUCAGGAAAGUCGAUAGUUACUUCUGCUACUGUUGACCAACUUCUAUGCAAUCCACGAAGUCUAGACACGCGACUAGUAUUUUUCUUUUGCGAACCAGACUUCGCAAGUUCCAUGAUUGCACCCGUUAUCUUGGGUUCUCUAAUUCGACAGCUCGUCAAUAUUGAAACACUCGACAACGAUCUUGAACAGCGCUUCAAAGACGUGCUCGAAAAUGGUUACCCCGACGCUACCGAUCUUGAACCACUUUUGCAGCUUGCUGUUAACAAAAAUUCAGUGGUCACCUUCAUAAUAGAUGGUAUUGAUGCGUGCGAGUCCACUGACAGGAAGUUAAUCUUUGGAAUACUGUCUCGUAUCAGUAUCGGAGCGACAUCUAUGGUGAAGCUACUUAUAUCAGGCCGUGAGAGCUUGAUAAAUGAUAUUUCAAAAUUCUUUGAUACAUGUCGACAUAUUACUACUACAUGUCCAGAGGGUCAGACCGAUAUUCCUUGGUACAUUGACAGCAUUAUGAAGGAGAGAAUCGAGGGAUCGGAUCUCGUCUUAGGCGACGAACACCUUGAGCAAGAAAUCAAAGAUACCCUGAUACAAGGUGCGAACGGAAUGUGA